CUCGAGGCGCGCGUCGGGGGCCCGCACCGCCCCAGCCUCGCCCCGCCGGGGCGGCGGGACCCGCCGGAUGCCGCGGCUGCAUGCGCCCGAUGCAGAUCGGCGGGCUGCCCAAGCGCGCCAAGCCGCCCUCGGACACUCAGUGCCACGGCUGCAGCGCCAACUUCGGGUGCCUCCGCCGCCGCUACACGUGCUUGAAUUGCGACCGGUACCUUUGCGCGACCUGCUACGGCGGCAGCUGCGUGUGCUGCUCGAAGGGCCUGACGUGCAAGCGCUGCAGGGAGCGCGCCGCUAACCGGGGGGAGCUCGAGGCUGCGAAGUCUACCAUGGAGACGGGCGUCAUGGUCAAUCUCGGCAUUCCGAAGCCGGGGCCCCUCGCGUACGUCGCCGGGCCGCGGAAGUUGGACGUGUGGUUGUGCCUGGACGUCGGUCCCCGGGCGGUGGAUAUGGACAAGUCCGAGCGGACCUCCGACAUUUGUUUGUGCUCGUGGCGUGCUUCGUUGCCCCCGGCGGACGCCCCAGCCUCGGAGCUGAAGUGGGGCAGCCUGGAGC